AUGUUAACAAAGUUAGCUUCUUCUUGAGGCUAUUUUUACACAAUCAAUAUUAAUUUAGGCCCAAAAAAGGGUUUCCCAUCUUUAAAAGACGAACCGUAUUCUUCUUCCCCUAUUUGCAUAUCGCAUUUGUUCUUCUUGAAUCUCUCUUGAACACACACAGAUCUAGAGAGAUCAAGAAACAAAGAAAGAAAGAAAGAAAGAAAGAAUGUUCCAUUCCAAGAAAGCAGCUGCCGGCUCAACAACUGCUAUGAAUUCACUUCACCAUAAUCAUCACCACCAUCAUGAAAGGUCCAACAUGUGCGGUGUUGGUGGUAAUAACCAUAGCACCGCUGGUACUGGCACCAUACAAGGCGACUCGGGUCUUGUCCUCACCACUGACCCCAAACCGCGGCUCAGGUGGACCGUAGAGCUCCAUGAGCGCUUUGUUGAUGCUGUUGCUCAGCUUGGAGGACCUGACAAGGCAACUCCAAAGACAAUCAUGAGAGUCAUGGGUGUAAAGGGGCUCACACUUUACCAUCUCAAGAGUCAUCUUCAGAAAUUCAGGCUGGGAAAGCAACCUCACAAAGAGUUUAAUGAUCACUCCAUAAAAGACAGCGAAAGAGCAUCUGCUCUAGAACUUCAAAGAAACAGUGGUGCAUCCUCUUCUCGAAUAAUGGGCCGGAGUAUGACCGAGAUGCAAGUUGAGGUUGAGAGAAGACUUCAUGAACAAUUAGAGGUACAAAGGCAUCUGCAGUUAAAGAUAGAGGCACAAGGAAAAUACAUGACAACAAUACUGGAGAAAGCUUGUCAAAUCCUAGCUGGAGACCAAAGCAUGGCUGCUGCAGGUUACAAUAAUAAUGGCAACAAAGUGGUUGGAACUGCUGGUGCAGCUGGCAUUGGAAUGAACAUGAAUAUGAACAUGAAUAUCAGUUCAAGCACCGGCAUUACUAGUCAUCUUGAACAAGCCCCACCGGGCCAUAGAGGUAGCAUCAUGCUUUUUCCAGGUGAUCAUGCGCCAUCAACUCUUAAAGACUUUGGGUCUCUUAAUAACUUCCCAUCUUUUCAAGACCUUAACCUUUAUGGCACUUCUCAGUCACCGUCGCCGCCGGCCAUAGCAGCAGCAGGUACUGGUGCGGCCCGAAAGAGCCCCUUAAUGUGGUCAGAUGAUGAACUCCACCUCCAAGAUGAUCAUCAACAACAACAGGAGCAUAAUCAUAUAGGGGUACUAUCUAACAACAGUUCGGAAGGUGGAGGGGGAGAUGGGUGUGAUCUUGAUUCAACUGUCCCCAGCCAUAUUUUUGAAACAAGUCCAUUAACUUUAGCAAGUAGUCACAAUGUUGAUCACAUUCAUCAUCAUCAUCUUGGUUUAGGGCCGAUGGAUCAUAACAAGCCGAAGUUGGAAAGAACAUCUCCAAGAAGACCACCAUUGUCAUCAAAUAGUUCUAUGGAUAACAUGAGGGCCACCCUCUCUACUAACAGUAAUUCCAAUAUGUCUCCACAAGGAAGAAGCUCUUCCUUUGGCUAGCUAGCUCAUACCUAUACCUGCUACAUAUAUAAAUUUGCAUGAAUGCUAGAUUAUAUUCUAUUUACAAUUUAUAAACUUACAUAUAUAAUUGUUAGUUAAUAACUUAUAUCUAUUGCUAGUUUUAGCUUGUACUUCUACCUAAUGAAAGCCAUAAGAAUGAAUGUAAAGAACUUGUUGUUUUCAUACGCAUGUAUGCUGUAUUUUUGGUAAUUUGAAUCGUUUAGUUUGUUGUA